AACUGGAGUCAUUUGGCAAUCUGGCAUCAUUGUGGACUCGACUUGAUAAAUAUAUUAUAUUUAUAUUAAACAAAAUGAGCUACAACCACCGUCCCCUAGACGAUUCGGAUAUCCUGCUGAUCCAGACCAUCCGCGAGACGCCUUCGCUGUACGACACCCAACUGCCCACGUUUCGGCUCUCUCAGCGCAAGGAGGAGGACUGGGCCAGAGUUGCAGAUGUGCUCAACAUCUCCAUCACGGACGCCCGAAGGCGGUGGACAUGUCUGCGGGAUCGCUACUCCCGCGAACUCAAGCAAAAGCGACUGCAUCCCUCCGGUGAGUUUGGUCGCAACGACUUUUUCCGGAAGAUGGACUUCCUAAGGUCUUUUGUGCGAAAGCGUCGCGAGCGACGAGGGCGAGACCGGGACCAGAAGCCCACUGGCUGGAUGAAGGUGGAUCUUCCUCGACGACGUCGCAUCCGUUUACCCAUAGACACGGAGUCCCUGAUCGAGGAGCACGGCUCUCAAGAAUAUGAAGAGGGUGAGGAGCAGCAGGAAUUUGAUGAGAAGCUGGAGGCGCAGACCACGCAUUCAGAGACGUAUUCGGUGCUCGUCGAAGCGGACGAUGGCCAGGAUCAGGAGGACAGCUACGAGGAUUUUCUGGCCGACACAGACUGCGAGCAGAAAGUCAAGGUGGUCACCAUCCAUCCGGAGACAGCUGCUCCGAGGGCAAUACCAGCACCACCGAGUGAGCCUACGGAGCCUGCUCAGGUGGACGUCAACUAUGUGGUCUGUAUGCCGCCCAAAGUGGGACAGGAGCAAGAGCAUUCCGCCACAGAGUCUGUCAAUAUCCCGCUUGUCAUACCCCCAAACAACUCGGAAACGGAGGAUGACUUCUUCUGCAAGUCGGUCGCCGCCUACCUGCGUCAACUUUCGCGCGUGCACAAGAUACAGGCCACAGUGGAGAUGUACCAGAUCCUGGAGAAGUACAUAAUGCUGGAGGAGAGCGGCACGGGACCGGGUGCAGACCCAUCGGGCUAAACUGGAUACAGAAUACAUGUGUACAUAGGUUUUAACGUAGUUUUUUAAUGCAGUACAAAUAUACAAAGUGACGAAAAUCU